AUUCAGCUUGCGUAUUUGAUAGCGUCGCUUUUCUGUACAGUUAAAUGAUAUUAGCCGAUAAUUCGGAAACACCACGAAAGAAUAUUUAUAUGCUGGAAAAAUAUCGGCACGAUUAAUAACUUCAGUGGUUUUAGGGAUACAUAGGUCUUUGAAAUGGGGAUCCUAAAAUAUAAAGAACUUUUCGUCCUUUCGUUGACGAUUCUUUGCCUGUGGGCCAUGCUUGCAAUUUACUCCGACAACUGGAACUCCAAAGAUUUUGUGCCUUAUCCUAGGGAAUACAAUCGACAAAUGGUUGCCAAUAUUAGAAGACCGCAUGUUAUUUUGAUCGUUGCAGACGAUUUGGGAUAUAAUGAUGUUGGCUAUCACGGAUCUGAAAUAAAAACUCCGAAUAUUGAUCAGUUGGCCCUUUCUGGGGUUAGGCUAGAGAACUACUAUGUACAACCCGUAUGUACUCCUACAAGAGGUCAGCUUCUUACAGGCAGAUAUCAGAUUCAUACAGGUUUACAAUUGAUUUUAUGGCCAGGAACACCGUUAGGCUUGGCGAUAGAUAACCCAACAAUUGCAGACAAGCUAAGAGAAGCAGGAUAUGCAACUCAUAUAGUUGGGAAGUGGCAUGUCGGCUUCUUCAAAAAAGAAUAUUUACCUACAAACCGGGGCUUCGACAGUUUCUUUGGCUUCGUGGCAGGACACUCAGAUUAUUAUACUCAUAUAACUGAACAUGAGGGGAUGGUUGGAUACGACUUAAUGGAAAAUGAUCAACCUGCAAACAUGUCAAAGUACCGCGGCAAAUAUUCAACAACGCUCUUUACCGAAAAAGUCAAAGACAUCGUACGAAAGCACGACCCCUCAACGCCACUGUUUGUUUACCUGUCCUAUCAAGCUGUACAUGGACCACUCCAAGCACCGAAAGCUUAUGUUGAUCAGUAUGAACAUAUAAAUCAGUUCAAAAGAAAAAUACAUGCAGGGAAAACAACGUGUAUGGAUGAUGCAAUAGGAGCCGUUGUAAGAUCAUUGAAACAACGAGGAAUGUGGAACAAUACCGUGUUUGUCUUCACAACAGACAAUGGCGGCACAAAAAGGAAAGGAGGUAGCAACUUUCCCCUAAAGGGAGGAAAAGGAACGUUGUACGAAGGAGGAAUACGCGCGGUUGGCUUUGUACAUAGCAUGCUUUUAGACAAGAAGGUGAAAGGAUCUAUCUCAACGGAACUAAUGCACGUGACUGACUGGUUUCCUACUUUGGUCAAACUUGCAGAAGGAAGCUUAAAUGGUACUAAACCUUUGGACGGAUUUGAUCAGUGGAAAUCAAUCAGGUAUGGUAUGCCGAGUCCCCGUUCAGAAAUUCUCCAUGAAAUCCUGCCUGAACACAGUGAUAGUGUCGACCCAGUAUAUGAUAAUGUAUUGAAUUCAACCAGAAGAUCGUCGAUCAGAAUUGGAGAAUGGAAACUUAUGACGGGAGACAUAUGUGAUGAUACAAAUACUACGAGACAACCAGCCGCUCUCUAUCUAUACAAUAUACAUAAGGAUCCGAAUGAAAACAACAACUUGUCUGUUUUUUUACCAAAAAGAGUGCAAUAUAUGCUUCGAAGAAUCGAAUAUUACAGGAAAGGCAUGGUUCCAUGUCCAUAUCCAGACAUAGACCAGCGAGCGAAUCCUAGAAAUCGUAAUGGAUUUUGGGAACCAUGGUUAUAACGUGCACAAUCUACAUAUAUAAUUUGUUGCGUCAAAUAACGCCCCAGACGCAAUCAUAAAGUCAUAUAACAUUUCUUCUAAUGAUACUUUAGUAAAGUGAAGUAUAAAAAGUCAAAACAAAUGAUGCGAAUAUAUUUAUACAAAUUAGAAUUAACUGCAGUCCGAUUCUCAGUCAAAUAAAUAUUCAAUAUACUUACAUCGAAAGAAUAAACUAGAAACGUCCUUCCAUAGUUACAGAACGAUUUUACAAAGAUUUUACAAAGUGUUGCAUAACACAGAAAAGGAUUGUGAUUCCUCUUGUACAAAUAGCAUUUUUACGAAACGAAUACUAGUAACAUGAAAUAUUACUCUGGUUAUAAAUACAUAAACAAUGUUCGAUGAUACGUAUCGUCAAUAACUUUUCUUACAACAGAAACAAAGAUCUGCUGUAAUGAAAUUUGUAUACUAACAAUAUUUCACAUAACUUGCAAGCUCUUAGAAAUAUCCUUAAAAGCCCAUGUAUUUCAUUACAUGUCUGUUCCUAUAUGUGCAUAAUUUCUGUCCGAAUAUACAGACUGAUUUAAGCUUAUUUACAAAAGCCCGCGAAAAUAAACUUGACAAAAUCAGGCCAACACCAAGGGUUUUAUAUAAAAAAAAACCAAAGUAAAUAGGACGCAAAAAGCCUAUCUUUCUUAAUACUAGACCGAUGUAAAACAUAUUUACAUAAAAUUGAAACAUUUUGAUGUCAAACACAAUACCUUAGUCUAAAAAAUGAAACCUGUCACUUUUCUCAGUAAUAAGAAAAACGAAGAAAGACAAAGAAAUGAUGAUGCAGUUAUUUACUAGAUAUGUAAAUAAAAAUUGACUCGCGAUAGUGUUACUUUGAGACAGCCGGGUUCAUUCAAAAUACAGAAUAUAGCAAUGAGUGCUUUCAGUGGCCUCCAAUUCACUUAGUGGGUUGUGACUUUUUUCCCGAAACAGGUGUUGGUUUAAUGAACUUCAAUUUAUGUGAAGUCUUAGAUGAUGAAUUUGACACUUUCGUUCUCUGGUAUAUAAUACUUGAUUAGGAUAGUGAGACGUCUUGAUUUUAAAGUAAUACACUGUCGAGGUAUGAAAACGCAACAAACAUAUGCCUGAAAAUAGUUUUUACUAAAAAAAGCAUCACCUUGAAAUGUUUAACACAUACGCAUCUCGAUACUCUGUUAAUUCUACGGUCUGUUGUGCUGAUUAAAGAUGAACACAUUGUGUAUAGACUAUAGAGAUGUGUAUCUGUUGAACAUUUCAAGGUGAUGCUUUUUGUAGUAAAAUAUAUAUUCAGGCAUAUGUUUGAAGCGUUUUCACAUCUCGUCAGUGUAGAUAAAAGAACCAAGGACUGGAGUGUUUUAUACAUUUAGAAGUGUUCAUAUGCGGAAAGUAUUAACGUCAUCAGCGUUUCGUAGACAGUAAACAUUGUUUCAGCUAUAUAUGAAUUAAAGUUUCCUAGACAUGUAUUAUUCCAGUUUAAAGGUUGUCAAUAUCGAUUGGAGACAGAUAUAAAGUGAUCUACCAUUAAAUGUAUCGUCAGCGACAAGAUGAUUAGUUGAUGCAAUGUUAUCGAUUAUCAUUGAUAUAACCAAGCAAAGCAACAACAGGAGACCAUGGUGAAUCAUUAUAGAACUCCAGUUUUUACACAAUACUAAUCUGAUUUUGCACUUUGUUGAACGACAGAAUUACGUAAAAUAAAAAUGUUAAGAUUGCAGCAAGUUAUUUGUCAAACAUCUGAAGAUGUAUUUAAACAAAACUCAACCGAGGACUUUUUCUUCACGGAAUAUAACUGAAGAUAGUUAUUUGGAACUGAGUAAUCCUUUUAAAUAUCACAAAGACAUGAGCGUCCUUCCAGCUUUGAGAAAUGUAUUACAAUAGAGCGAGUACAAAGAAGUUUAGAUGUACCUUCUCGUUAAUCAGGUAGCUAAGGUAAUCAAGUCCUAAAACUUUAUUAGUUUGCAGUGCUGUCAAGGCUUCUUGAGAUUUAUAAUUUAUAUUGUCAAGUUUAUUAGCUACGUCAACAACGUCUGGCAGAGUUCUACCGGAAAUAACUUUUGCACACUGACUACAGAUAAAAGCAUUUCAUAAGAUUAAGCUUUGUCUUCAUAAAAUGUUUACAGAUAGAUGAUUUGUUUGUUUGCUUGUUAACUUGUUUGUUUUGGGUUUAACGCCCGUUUUCAAUGUAACGUCGGACAGUUAACCAAACAGUGUCCCUAGAUUCUAUACCAAUACAAACCUGUUCUCCGCUAAUAACUGCCAAAGAGAUGCCUUUUAUAAAGUCCUCUCAGAGAAUAUUUGUCCCACCGAGGGAUCAAACUCACAACCCAGCGGUCAGUAGAUCAGGGCUCUCCCUAUAGAGCUAAGCGGGUGGGCUGAGAGAUGAUUGAGAAAAUUAUUGAGAAGAUCUUGGAAAAUUUUCUUUUUCAGAUGGUGAUAUUAAAUUUCUUAUGACUUUUCACUAGCCUUUGUUAAAUAAAAUUUAUUUUUCGUGUUAAGAUGAUUAUUCAACUUAGAACGAUGAUAUUGUUUAGCUAUUUGAAACAUUAAAAUAACUUCUUUCAGAG